AUGCAAGUUUCAAAUUCGAAUGACAAUGUGAAUACAGUCUAUGAUCAUACAACAAAAUUCAUUGUUGACCUCAAAGAAAGAACAUGCACAUGUAGGAAAUUCGACAUUGAUGAAAUUCCUUGCCCACAUGCAAUGGCAAUAUUCAAAGAAUUCAAUCAAGAUCCUUACAAAUUUUGUUUGCAUUAUUUCACAAAAGAAACAAUACUGAAGACUUAUGAAGAAGCAGUAUAUCCAGUGGUAGAUGAGAGUUUGUGGAAUGUCCCGGAAGAAGUGGCACAAAAGAUUGUUAAUACACCACAAGGAAGAAUAAAGUUGGGAAAGCCUAGGGAGAAAAGAAUUAGAUCUGCUGGAGAAACUACAAAUCAUAACAAGUGCAGCAGAUGUCAUAUAUAUGGACGCAAUGUGAAGACAUGCAGGAAUAUGUCUAAGAAAAAAUGA